AUGAGACUACAGGAUGGAAGAGAAAAUAUUAAUACAAUAUUUUUUACCUGCACUGAUAUAAGUGAGAAGGAUAUGCGGAAAAUUAUAAUUAUGAAUAAUAAGAAGAAUCAAAAAAAACUACUUCUUGAAAAAUUAAAGAUAACAUUUAAUAUAUCACAAGAGAUGAAAAUAGGAGAAAAAUACAAAGUAAAAGUAUGCAUUGAUGAUUUUUUACCGCCUGGGUUAAACACUGAAAAGAAAAAAUUAAAAAAAAGUACUACCGACAUAAUAGACAACAUUAAAGAAUAUUCAUUAUACAACCCCAAUGAAGGGCAAAAAAAAAAAAUGAAAAAAAUAAUAUGCGAUUUUUUUUACAAUAUUUUACUUUAUUGUGUUAAGAAAAAUGUUUCAAUUGUUGAGAUAUCCACAUAUUUAUCCAUAAAAAAAUAUAUGUUUUUUAAAUUUGUAAGUGGUUCUGAAAGCAUGAUAAACCUUUUUUUAGAUUUUAAAAAUAUCAUGUUCAAGCAUUCCAUUAACAGGCCACCUCAUUAUGUAAAAAUAUUUUCUUACUCCUCUCUAAAGAUGUUAAUAAAAUAUUCAUUAAAUACAUUUUUUAGAAAUUUUUCUUUUUAUAAUUUUAUUUUUCGUCCAACUUAUAAAAUAAAAUUUGAAUCCUAUCCUAAUGACUUUCCUGACUUUGAAGCAACCCCUACAACAUAUUUUGACGACGACAAUGUUCUCUGUGAUUUGAACACUUCCACUGGUGUCGAUACUACGAAAGAGCUACUUAGACUGACGGUCGGAAGCAUAAACCACUUACAUCCAAGUGAACAAGGAGAGGAAGUUUUCUUUAAAGAAUUGCAGACAUAUUUUGAUAAAUACGACAUUAAAAAUAAACCUGAUGUUUUUGAAAUAGAGACUUAUAACAAGAAGGAUACAAAUAUGAAAAAAUUUUUGAAGGAUGUAAGAAGCAUUGUUAUCAAUGAUGAAGAACACCCAAUGAUAGGAAAAGACAUUAGCAAAAGGGAAACAAUCGAAAAGGGUUUCACCAAGGACAAGUUGAUAAGAAGAGUAAGCGGCGAAAAUAAAUGCACGACAUAA